GUUGCACUCAGAGUCCCGCGCAAGAUAUACCAGAAUACUCACGUGUCUUUAAACCCGCAUUACUUUAUUCCAAGUGUGCUAUUUACACCUGACCGGCCAAAUGUUGCUCAUGAAAGCUAAUUUCUAUCUGUGCUUACUCCUACUAUACUCAUUUUGGAUAUGUUCAACCGAAGCGCGACGCGGGCGCACCAGAAGCAGAACUAAAUCCAAGGUACAAAUUGGAUUACCAAUCACCGGAAAAUACAGGGAUCCCGAAUCUGAUCAAUAUUAUAACAAUAACGACGGAGCCAAAAUCUUGCUGGCGUCACAUUUUGACCUUGAGUAUGUGUUGGGACACAAGAUCGCAUUCUUAUGUAUCGCCAAAGGAUCACCGCGGCCGCAUAUUACAUGGUUUAAAGAUGGUGUGGAAAUAUUUGCACAUCAUUACUUACAUAUUCACGAGUGGCCUAUCGGUGAGGACCGUGUGAAGUCGAAGAUUGAAAUUGAUCCUGCCACUCAAAUGGACGCCGGCGUGUACGAGUGCACAGCUGACAACAUGUACUCUAUUGAUAGGCGCUCCUUCAAGACAGACUUUUCCAUUGCCUUCGACUGAGUUAUUAUUCUAUUAACC